UAUAGAACAAGUUAAAGCGCGUAGUAGCAGUAUGUGAAAACAUUGACAAGUAAAAAUGUUAGCUAAUGUUUUUAAGCAAUAAAAUAAACUUUUUAUUAAUUAUAAGGGUACAAUAUAUUAUUAAUAAUAACAAUCAAUCAAUUAUUAUGCUUAGUUAUUUUUAAUUAAAACAAAUAAACCAUUAAAAUGGCACAGUCUAUUUUUGACGCUCUAUCAGGCGUUUCUUUAGAUAGUUCUACAGUACAAUCAUUACUUGAAUCACAAAAUCUUUUGCCAGAUAUUGAACACUCAGCGAUAGAUCAAGAUGAAGAAGACAUUUUCCAAUGCGGUAAAUGUAAAUGUCAAUACACAUCAUUGCAUAUGUUUUUACUGCACAAAAGAUCGCAUCUGAAAAAACAAGAACAGACUGUUGAUUUAAGUCAGUAUUUAAUAAGUGAUAAUAGUCAAGUACAAGUUCAUAAUGAGGGUCCAUGUCAAGAUCCUACCACACAGUACAAUCCUACAGAAACAUUUAUACAAAGUAAUCAACUUACCGAGCCGAUAAUACUUGAAGAAUCUGAUAUGUUAUUCAGCAUGGAUCAAGAAAAUUCAAGUUAUCUGACAGCAGAUACUGAAUUUGGUGUACCAAUUAUUUUAAACACUGAAAAUCUUGAAAAUUUUACAACACCGUCAUUAAUAUCUGAUGAUAAUUUGCUGAAAGAUGACAGCGAUGAUGUACAUCAGCCACGUACAAGUGAUACAUCACAAGAUAAUGUUUCUUAUGAUGUAUCUUCUUCUAAUGAAAUUGUGCCAAUUGAUAAUAAUAUAAUGAAUGAUAUCGUAGAGGGUUUAGAAACACAAGAGAAUAAUACAAGUCCACCAUUAAAUUUAAAGUACAAGUGUAAUUAUUGCCACAAACAAUUUGCUAAAAAAUUUUAUUGGCAACAACAUGAGCGUUCUCAUACAGGUGAGAAACCAUAUCAGUGUGUUGUUUGCGGACGUGCGUUUGCACAGAAGUCAAAUGUUAAAAAACAUAUGUCAUCGCACAAAGUAUGGCCUGGUACGGCCAUACAUUCAUUACCUCCAGAGGCACCACCUGAUGGAAGUAUUGAUCGCACUUAUCAUUGUCAAUUUUGUAAAGAGAUAUUUGAUUCGUACAAAGCAUUGAAAGGUCAUUUGAUAGUAUCACAUAUGACAUUGAAAGUAUACAAAUGCGUACAGAAUAGUUGUAGUAUGAUGUUUGCCGAUUUAGAUGAUUUUCUGGAGCACACGAGAAGUCAUAAACGCUCAGAAUAUCGUUGUCACGUUUGCGGUGAAAUAUUUAAUACACUGUCUGAUCUUGGUCUUCAUCAGUAUGUUCACUCCGUCCAAAAACAAAAAACAACUGAAAAAUAUUACUGUUGUACUGUUUGUAAAUCAUCAUUUUCAAAUCUCGAAGCACUUCAACAUCAUACCGAAACUACGACACAUGAUUAUGCGUGUCCACAUUGUGGUAAAAGUUUUCUUAUUGAAAGAUUUUUACGUCGACAUUUAAAGACUCAUGUAUCCUCAGCUAAAUUUGCAUGUGAAGAUUGUGGUAAAGCUUUUAAAACAGAGCAGUAUCUUGCCAAUCAUAAGUUAAUUCAUAGUGAAGAAACUCCAUUUAUUUGUCCGCAAUGUCCUGCUAGAUUUAAACGUAAAGAUCGGCUUGGUCGUCAUAUGCUAAUUCAUGAUCUUACUAAAAGAUUGAAAUGUCCUUUUCGUGGUUAUCUUGGUUGUAUGAGUGAAUUUUCACGACCAGAUAAACUAAAAAGACAUCUUCUUACUCACAGUAAUAUAAAACGAUUCACUUGUAUUCAAUGUAAUCGUGACUUUAAUCGCGCUCAAGCGACAAAACAUCACGAAAUGAGUAAACAUACUUUCAAAUGUGAUAUUUGUUCAGAGACAUUCAAGAAUAAAGAUCAACUGAAUACACACAAUUGUAAUCAAACUGUUGAAACAAAGAAAUAUAUGAGCUCACAGUUACCAAGAAAAGCCUCUGGUACAUUUAAACCAAGAAAACCGACACCAAAGCGGCAAAUGGUAACGAAAUCUACAGCUGCUGGGUUUGCUGAUAAAGAGAAAUUAAAAACUGAUGAAGUUGAUAAGCGAAUGGUAUCAUCAGAUCUUUUGAUGCUCGACAACUUGGAAGACUUAGAAGAUAAAAAAAGUUUGAUAGAAAAUUUAAACGUACCACAAGAUAUAAAUGCUAUGGAUACUUUUAUAAAAUCUGAUUCAUCAGAUGAAGAAGAAGAAAUAGAAAUUAAAGAACAAGAAGAAGAUGAAGAUGAAGAAGAAGAAGAUAUGACCAGUGAAAUGGAUUUCCAAUCGAUACAAGAGUCCACUUGUAUCAAUUAAUAACAAAUUUUGAAACAAAACAUUUUUAAAAAAUAUAUUAGAAUUUUUUUACGUUAUCAUAGAUUUUUUUGGUUGUAGUUAAGAUAGUUAUCGCCAUUAAAUGUGCAAUGUGCGUGUACGAUGCAUUUUACAAUAGCAACGUUUUUUAGAUUACAUAUAUCUGUGAUAAUUUUACUGUAAAUAUUAAUACAUAUAUACAUAUAUUAUAUUAACUUAUAAAAAAAAAAA